UGUAGGCUACAUAGGGUCCUAGGUCCUACUGUUUUUGAAAAGCUGUAUGUCUUUCUUGGACUGGACAGACGGUUUUACUGCCACGCCCAAUUUUGGUACCAAACCAAUCGGAAGAAAGAUAGGUGCCUUCCAAAGUAAAACAGCGGAAGAUUCAAACUGAACAUGGCGGCCGAUAAGGAUGUCGACGAAAAUAAACAAAUCAGGAGAGAAACCUUGUGCAGCGUUGUGAACAAUCACGACAUGAACCCAAAGGGCCAGCCUGUCAUUUUCAACCCCGACUUCUUUGUGGAGAAACUUCGUCAUGAAAAGCCAGACAUUUUUACAGAGCUGGUGCUAAGCAACAUCACUCGGCUCAUUGAUUUGCCAGGGGUAGAAUUUGCUCAACUUUUGGGAGAGGUUGAAACAAAAAUACCUGCCUCAACUGGCUUCCUCCGAUCCUUCAACUUCCUCAAACGCAAAGAUAAGGGAGUCAUAUUUGGAGCUCCUCUAACAGAGGAGGGAAUAGCUCAAAUAUACCAACUCAUUGAGUACCUCAGCAAAAACCUGCAUGUGGAGGGUCUGUUCCGAGUGCCGGGGAACAGCAUCCGGCAGCAGGCCCUGCGAGAGAUGCUGAACAACGGGGCGGACAUUGACCUGGAGACGGGGGACUACCAUCCCAAUGACGUGGCCACUGUUCUCAAGGUCUUCCUGGGAGAGCUGCCUGAACCACUACUGACUCAACGACACUUCCAUGCCCAUUUGAAAAUAGUUGAGCUCACAUUGCUGGAUGAGAAGGGCAACAGAACCAGCACUCCAGAUAAGGAACGUCAGAUCCAGGCUCUCCAGCUCCUGCUCAUGCUUCUGCCCCCUGCCAACCGCAGUAUGCUUAAGCUCCUCCUGGACUUACUCUACCAGACGGCCAAACACCAAGACAAAAACAAAAUGUCGGCCUCUAAUCUGGCACUCAUGUUUGCCCCGCACAUCAUUUGGCCCAAAAAAGUGCAUGCAAAUGAUCUGAAGGAGAAUAUUAACAAGCUGAACGACAGCACCACUUUUCUCAUCAAGCACUCUCAAAAAUUGUUCAGGGCACCUGCCUAUGUCCGAGAACUUGCUAAACUGCAUUUCAUAGGAUCAAAAUCAAAGGAUGACCUGGACCUUGCCGUGUGCAGCCCCCACCUCAGUGCCGUGGUGGUGCCAAGCAAGAGGCCGGCCUGUGUGGUGGAGAGUUCCACAGGGGGCGAGGUGCAUACCCAGGAGGCUCUGCGAGAGCUCUUCAACCACGUCAGCAACAUGCCCGAGUCCGCCAAGAAGAAGAAGCUUAUACGCCAGUUCAAUAAAGAAUCUUCUGGAACUCCUGUGUCUACCCGAUCAACAUCGGUCAAGAAGCAUAGUCGCUCUCGUACGUUCAGUGGAAUGAUUAAGAGGAAGGUUUUAGGGAAUCAUGUGGCAAGUGAAAAGGGAGAGAGACACAGUUCAACUGAGUCUCCUGCAGUCCUGAGCCAAGGCAAAGAGAAAGUGGGUUCCACAUCUUUCACAAGGACGUGUCUUUCACCAGCAGAGCAGACUGCUAUUGCUAAACUCCAAUAUUAAUUAUGGAAAAAGAUGAGUUAGUCUUGCAGGGGCAUGCUACCAUUUACUGAGCUGUCUUUACUGUCCACCUCCCCCAAAUGGACAGAUGGUUCUGUUAUUUGUGGUCACUGUUUGGUAGAUAUAACUCUUUAAGUCAUAUCCCAGGAGUGGUUUCAGUGUCCGGUUAUGCAAGGAUCACUGAUGGAUUGAAUAGAUUUCAAAAUUAGUAAUAUAAGGUACGUUUGGGAGCCCACACAUAUUUUAUUUGUUUUAUGAUUUUUUAAAGUUUUUAUCAUAUUUAUUAUUUGCUUUUUUAAAACUCCUUAAGGCUUUUUGUCAAGUAUACAAAUUUACUAUAUCUCCAUCUCGGCUGGAUCGUUUUUCACUUUUUUUAUUGAUCACCUUUUAUUGACCACACUGACAGAAAUGUGAUAGAUGUGAUAAUGAUGCAUUGGCCACUAAUUGUCCUUUAUGUGUAGGUCUGUAAUAUUUAUUAGGUGGUGAAGUGACCAAUAUUUCUUACAGCACUGGGAGAGGUCUUGAAAGCUUUGAGGGAUUUGAUGGUGAUGCAGAAUGGUGGAAAGUUUUUGUGAUUAUAAUUGUCCUUUCAGACUGAAUGGCUCGUUACUUGGAAUUACAGGGAAGAACAUAACAUAAAAAACAUCUGAUGCAUUUGGCCAUUUCAAACAACAAAGAGUUAGAUAUAUUUAGAGGGUAAGUGCUUUGUUUAAAGACCACCAUUUGCCUUGUGUCAGGAUAUAGUCGUGAAAGUGAACUUGAUUUGGUGGGCAGCAUAAACUUGGGUGAUUUUAACUGAAAGGAUUUCUUGGAAGUUUGUGGUAAGGAAAUUGCAUGUGGCUCAGAAGGUUGUCAAGGUGCUUUUUAUAUUUUUGGGACAAGUCACCACCAUAUUCUAUGGGGUGCAUGAAAAAAAGAAAAUUAAAAGCUUCAUCUCAUGAGGAGAAAAGGAGGUGUUAUAUUUGUCAUGCUUUUUAUUGAUACUGUGAGAUAUACUAACUGUUACAGAUGUACUGAAAAGUCAUCUUACGCAUAGUGCUAGUUUGUUUACUGCAUUCAGGUUCUUUAAUUUAUAUAUGUUCCUAUGUCGACCUGUGCAUUUUUAAAAUAUAAUUUUUGUACCUAUAUUUUUGAAUAUAGAAGAUUUGUAUCAUAUUGGUUGUCAUGCCUUUUUAAGUUGAGCUUGGAAUUUGACAGUUCUUAACAUUCUCCAUUUUUGCUUUGGGUAUUUGAGGGGUGAGUGACAUUUUCAACAAUUCAAAUCACCUGUACAUUACUUCAUGAAAAUCAGUGCGUGCUUUUGUAUGAGUGUGGGUGUCUGCCAGUCUUCACUGGAUGUAAAUACUGUGAAUUCUAAAUCUUACCUUUUCUGAUAGUUUUUUUCCCUCAGUGAUGUUUGUUUUGCCUUGAGUGUGUGUAUGGUAGCUUUGAGACCACUACUCUUAAAGAAGAGCUUUUCUGUUGUAUAUGUACUUUUUGGGGGAUGGAGUGUUUUAAUACUGAUAACAACUUUUAAAUAGUCUAAACUUUGUUUGUAUUUUUAUGUAUUUAUUCUCCUUUUACAUGUCUUAAAUGUGAACUGCCAUUUUGGGAUCUUAAUUUCAACUGAGAUUUGAAUUAAGUUGAGUGUAAGUGCAUUACUUGUGGAAAGCUUGUGGAAAGCUUGUUUACGUCUGUAGUUUUCUUUUUUGGCCACAAGGGGAAGCCAUGGCAAAGGAAAAGCUCAUUCAUCUGUUAAUAAAACCAUGAAGGCAUGGAUUCUAUUAAAUCUACUUUUGACAUA